UUGAUCCAACGUUUAUUUUUCUGCAUUUUCACGAGUUUUCUUCAUUUUUUAAGUCUUCAUUUGAGCACAACUUUGUAAUUUAAGGCAUCGACAUUGAAGGAAAGAUGAAAGUCGCAAGAAAUUAAAUUAGUUCGACGCAAAAUCGACAUUCGAAAAUUUUGGUGAAUGAAUUGCAGUGAAAAACUAACAAACUCAAAUGGCAGAGAAAAAUACGAAAAAGGAUGUUGAGGAGGAAAUUUCGACCUUUAUGAGCGGCGCACUAAUCUUAUGGCUCGAAUCAUGUUUGCCUCGCCCGGAAAUCUUAACCGGAUAUCAGUCGUUAUUCGAUGGCGUAAUUAUCAACAGUGUUUGUUUACAAAUCGAUCCAGAACCGCAAAAUCAUCUCGUUAAAACUAUUGGGCUUGAAGGAGCAGCUUUGAUUCAAGCACGAUGUCGCAACUUUUGUGCCAUCGUGAAAAAUUUAAAAGCUCUGUACGAAGAAGAGCUUGGGCAAACGGUUCUAAUGUUGCCUGAUUGUGCGAUUUUAGGUCGAGAACCUGAAACGAAAAUAGGCGUCGAACAAAUGAAGUUACUUUUGACCUUAUUACUCGGCGCUGCUGUUCAAUGCCCGAACAAGGAGAUUUUCAUCGCGCGCAUCAAAGAACUUGAAGUUGAAGUACAAGUUGCGAUUGUAGAAUUGAUCAAAUGUGUAACAGACGAUCAAAAAUUGGUUUUAUCGCAAGAAAAUGUCGAAAAUCUAAAUCCUGAUAUAAUGUGUCAACAUAUUGUCAGACUUGCAAAGGAACGAGAUCAAUAUCAUUCGAAUUGGAUUUCAAGUUUGAAUUUGGAAGGAGAUGAUCAGACAAAUUCUCGUAAUAAACCUGCUCAAUUGACUGCUGUUUCAUCGAAUUCUUCAACGACUUCUCAAUCCAACAGUGAAAAUAAUCAUUUAGCAGUCGAAUUGGCUGAUAUGAAGUCUAAAUUGCGUAAAGUUCGACAAGAAUUGGAGGAAAAAUCGGAAGCUCUGAUGGAAGUAAAAGAAGAUCUCGAACACAAAUCUGCGCAAUAUGAAAAAUUACGAUUGGAAAGUCAAGAAUGGUAUGCUGAAGCACGCAAAUCUGCGGCAUAUCGUGACGAAGCAGAUGUUUUACGUGAAAAAUCUGAUCGUGUUGAUCGUUUGGAGCUCGAUUUACAACGGAUGCGUGAGAAAUUAGCGGAUGCCGAGUUCUACAAGUCUCGUGUCGAAGAAUUGCGCGAAGAUAACAGAAUGUUACUCGAAACAAAGGAGAUGUUGGAAGAGCAAUUACAGAAAUCCCGCAAACGAAGUGAGCACGUGAUGAGUCUCGAGUCGGAAAUUAUCAAGUACAAACAAAAAUUGAACGAUUUAACGUUGGAACGCGAUGUUGACAAGUCAAAAUUGCAAGAUUUGUUGGAGGAAAAUGCUCAGUUACAACUUACGGCGAAAAAUUUGGUUUCCGGAAAUGAUUUGAGUUUGUCAGCAAUGUCUUUGGAUAGCGAAGACGGUCCAACGUCAGGAGAUAAUAGUCUCUCCGAGCAGCUAAGUAGCAAUGCGCAAUCGAGAGUUCUCAAAUUAGAGUUGGAAAAUCGUCGACUUCUCGCGCAAUUGGAAUCCUACAAAGAAACUUCGUUCCAAGAGUCGUCAAAUAAGAUUUUGGAUCUCGAAAAAGAUAAGAAACGAUUGUCGUUGAAACUUGAACAAGUUCAAGAUAAUUGCAAUCGUCUCGUUCAACAGAACUCCGAAUUGGAAAAUGUCUUCAAAAACGCCCUCGAGGAGAACAAAAAGCUUCAAGAUGCUUUAGACACUAAACAACAAAAUGUCGACAAGUACAUCCAAGAUCGUGAAUUGGAUCGGAGCAAAAUCGGGGAUUUGGAACAACAAAUCGAGACAAUUACGAAGGAAAAACAACGAAUUCAGAACUUGAGUGAAAGUAUCCAACGACGCGCAGAUGAUUUAUCGCGAUCGUUAGACAUUAAAACGAAAGAAGUUGAAGAAACAAAGUCACGAGUCAAAGAAUUCGAAGUCGUAAAGGCAAAUUUGUAUGAGACAGAGGCUAAAUUGAGUACAGCAGAACGAGAAGUAGCAACAUUAGCGAAAGAAGUGACCAAAUUCAAAGAAAGUUUGGAACAGAAAGAGAAAGAAUUGGAUGAAAAUGUGUUGAAAAUUGAGACACAAACGAAAGAAAUGCAAACUUUGAUAAAAAGUUUGGAAGAAACAAAGGAAUUGGAAGUAAAAAUUCAAAAUUUAGAGAAAUUCAACCAAGAAUUGGAAUCACAACACAAAGUACAUGAGGAAACCAUCUCAACUUUGCAAAAAGAUUUAGUUGCUGAAACACUUGCCAAGCAAAAAUUACAAAAAGGACUCGAUAAGCUUGGUUUGGAGGAACAAGAUAUGGAUAAACAAGAGCUGAGUGUUGAAACUUUUGUCGAAAAAUUGGUAAAGAAUCCCGAGACAUUCAAAACUGUUCGCGAAGUCAUGUUGGAAGUUGGAAAAACGCAAAAUUCUCCCUCAUCAACGUCUUCUACGAUGUGCGUCUUAUGUCACAAGCAAGAAAUCUUCACUGUCGAGAAGGAUAUCGAGUUUACAGCUGAUCAUGUGCCCUCCAACAUCCCAACUGUCAAAGGCAAGAACAAGGUUAUCUUGAAUUUGGAGAUGAAUGAAGCUUAUCCGCAACUCAAGGCAGAAAAUGAUCAUCUUCAAACAACGAAUGAUACACUCGAAGCAGAAAACGCUCGUCAAAAAGUCGAAGUUGCUACACUUCAGAGUCAAAUAACGUCAUUGAGUACUCAACAAGUUGCCUUACAACUCGCAAAUUCGCAACUUGCCGCCGAAAAAGACUCGCUCGUGAAACAAUUGGAUCUCGUAAAGACAAACAACACGCAACUUCAUCAAGAUCAUGUCAGUAUGAUGUGUUUGCACGAACAACUCGGCUCAGAAUAUGAUGCCUUGAAUAAGGAAAAGGAAGUUCUCAAAGUAGAAAAUCGUGAUUUGAAGACCAAACAACGAGAAUUGAAAGAAACUAACGUAGCUUUGGAGAAAUUGACACAAGAACUUCGAGCUGAACUUGAAACGAUGCGUCAAGGCAACAUGAAUCUCGGAAAUUUGCGCGCCGAGCAUUCGCGUUUGAAAGAUGACUUUAGAAAUUUGUUCUCCAAUAGUGAGAGACUCAAGCAAGAGUACAAAAAUAUCCAUGAGCAAUACAGAAACUUGCGGAAUGAAAAUGGAAAAUUGAAGUUACAGAACACAGAAUUGACGGGCGAGAUGAGUGCCAAUAACGAACGUGUUCGUGAACUUGAAUGUGAGUUAACGAAAGCGAACAAUCAGUGUGAAAUGUUGUUCCAAUUGAAUUCGAGUCUCGAUAUUGAUCGAAAAACGUUGAUGGAUCACGUUUCGCAACUUCUUGCUCAAUACCAUGAACUUCUUUCGCACUCGUUGGAAGACAAACAACAUUAUCACGACGAGGAGAAGAACUUUAAUGACAAAGUCAAUCAUCUUUACCGACAAAAAGAGAAGUUGGAAGAGAAAAUUAUGGAACAUUAUCGAAAAUUAGAGAAUUGUUCACCGAAAAAAAAAACUUUUGGUUCAAGCCUUGUGAAUAAAGUUCGUAAAGCAAUAAAUCGUGUUCCUAACAGACAAAAUCCUCGUUCCUGGAUUGAAGAUCCGCGCAUCAGUCAAUCUCAAUUCAACUUAGGUUCUGAAUCUGGCGGAAAUGAAUCCGACAACAGCAAUGAAGAACCUACAAAUUCAACCGCAAACUUUGAUCCGCCUCCGCCGCUUCCUCCUCCAUUGAGUCGCAACUCUCAAUUACGCCAAUCAUUGCAACGUAAACCUUUGGAUCCUGUCAAUCCAUUGUUACGCGGCGGCGUUCGCAGCAGUUUACAAUCUUCAACGCCGCGUGACGUCGCGCAAUCGCAUCGCAACAGCUUUCCAAACAUCGAGCCGCCAGAUUUGUCGGUAAAUGCUCUCGGACAACCAGGUACCCGAAGAACUGUUUAUCUGAUUGGCGAAACGCAAAAUGGCGAAGGUUCACGUACGAGUUCUCCAAAGCCUGCAGCAGCUUCGACGCCAAUUACGACAAAUGAUGCAAAUGCGACAACAACAGGCGAUACGCCAAAUACGUUUCUCAUGUUUAACAAAAUCUCGAAUGUAACGUUGCAAGAACCCGCAAGUGCUUCUGGUAUCAAUGGAAAUAACGAGGAAAAGGCAAAUAGUGAUACAAGUAGCAAAAAUGGCGGAAAGAACAAGAAAAAUGAAGCCAAAAAUCGCGAGAGCGCAAUUUGGUAUGAAUAUGGUUGUGUCUAAAAAGAAGAAGUUUUCUCUCUAAACACUCGGAAGUAACGUGAAAAGUAUUAAUAUUAGCAUUUAAACACAUAUUUUAAGCUUUUUUUGUAUAUUUGCUGUGGCCUUUUAACCCAAAACAUAACUUUUCAUCAGUAGCUGUAUUACUGAACAACUUAAAGUUAAGAGUACUAAACAUUUUUUUAAAUAUUUUCACACCCCGUAUGAACAACGAAUUUUAAUUUAAUUUAAUUUUAUAUUUAUUUUUAAAACCACUUAAUCCAUUUUAAGUCAUUUUAACGAAUUUAUGUUAGAAUUUCACCUUUUGUGUUAAAAAAAUUAUUUUAUAAGUUUCAUUGCCUAUCGAUUGAUAUUUCUGUAUUUCCUAAAAAAACAUGAAACCAUGAAAAAUCUGAAAUUGUGAUAGAAUUUUCAAAGCCUAAAAAUAUGAAGCCUUUUUGAUGAAUUGGAGAUCUUUUGCAAUAAUUGGAGAUCCAGAAUUUUUUACCGAUCAAAUUUCAAAUAUAUAGAAUUAAAAAUAAAAAUAAAGGCCUUAAAGAAUAAUUGGAAUUAAAAAUUUAGAAUCUCAUGUAUCGAAUAGGAUAUUUGUAACAUUUUUUACUUAACAACAAAAA